AUGUCCCUCCGCCUCUCUUUCCCGACCGCCGUAGAUCCAAGGGCGCACCGGGAAGAGGAACUGACGCUGGCCCGCACAGCUUCGUAUCACAACCACCAGAGAAAUGCGAAGUCGGCCGCGCCAGAUACACCGGACGGCGCUGCCAUGAGCAGCGCUCUUCCUCUUCCGGCCACCCAUAGCACGGGUCGGCGCCGUGUCGUUCUCCCGGAUCCCGUCGCCUUCAAGUUCUUAGAAAGCGAUCCCUUGGUUGCCGUUGUCGAGCGCAGACAUGUCCUCCCCGGCUACGAGCUCUACCUGGUCGAGCAGUGGGCGUGCUCGCGCCAGUCACCCACGCUCGUCAUUGCCACCUACACGGGCGACCCGAGACACUCGGUGGUCGUUGGCGUGUUGGAGGUGCCCGCAGACGAGAGGGACUGGUCGCCGAGGUUGAGGGUUUACUUCCGAGCCAUCCACCAAUAUCACGCACGGCCCAAGGAAACCGAAAUUGGGGAGCUCAUGGUCACAAACCUCAGCAGUUUCCCCUCCGCCCUAACUGUUAUUCCCGUACCAGAAGGCGACAUACGGAAGCAUCGCCAAGAGUUCAUCGUCAACGAGGACUUGAAGCGGCUGGGCUGUUCGGGACGGUCCGGUCUCACGCUGACAGAGCCAACAUCGGCCACCCGAGCCAAGUUCAUGCAAAUGUACAAGACCAGCGAUAGGAUACCCUUCGUCGACGCUGUCCUCGAGCUUGUCAAGUUAUGUCAGGUGGCCCUCUUCCUGUUCGGCAUGCUUGAGCAGGAGUACAUGGACGGUCUGCUCUGCGACGUCACGGAGAAAGCCAUCAACGACUGGUGGACCGAGAUCGGCACCGAGUACUUCAACAUCGAGCCGGCAGACGGCAUCCUAGGACCAACCACAGUCGCCGCCCUGCUCGGUACCCUUUUGGGUUCAAGGAAUCGGCUCAGCUACUGGGGUGCUCCGGUGUCCAAGGAUGUUUUCGAUAUUGAAUGCACGAAAAAAGGCGUUGGCACCUUCCAAAAGGCCAUGAGGCUGGAAAGGACGCGCCGCCUUGACCGGCAAACCCUACACAAACUACACGGCGUAACGGCCAAGGCAGCGGCAGGCGACGGCGGAUGGGGUGUACAGAGGGCCGUCAAGUCCACAAUGGCCGAGAUAGGCGGAAAGCGCGGCGAGCUGGUCAUAGGUAUGGUGGGCGGCCGAGACAAGGCCAACAUCGGAGACAUCGAAACUUUGGACCUAAACAAGGUCAUCAGUUUGGCCUCCGGAGAACGCUCGAAAUUCCUCUGGCACGGAAAGCCAAAAAAGACCCUUCUGGACCACGAGCAUGACCAUACCCCAUCAGCGUUCGGAAAGGAGCUCAGAGACGAAAUAAGCCCUCAAGUGGGAAGCAGGAGAACACAAUCAGCACCAAUAGAGGAAGAGCCGGAACCCAGCAACAAAGAAGACUCCCCUGCACCCUGCCCUCCCCCCCAGCCAACAAACUCCUUGCCCAUCGGCGCAGACGCUCCUGGUGGCGACCGAGAUGCCCUACGAAAGAACGUUUUCAAGAGCGUCGCCGGGAAAGUGAACGACGCCCGUUCGGGGCUGGGGCGCAUUAGGGACGCUGUUGGCGGCAGCCGAAGAGGGCACGCCGGCCGGCCUUCUAAGGACGAGACCCCGGACACGGCCAUGAGCGGGUACUCUAGCCCGAGUAUUGCGACGCUGGCCCAGUCAUCAGCUAUUGUGACGAGCCCGGUCGCCGUUGGCAAAACCUUCUCAUGGAAGGUCAGGCCGGAAGACUAUCCCCCCGCCGUAAGAAACGGCGAAACUGCUGAGUCGGCACCUUCAAUACCUACUUUCUGUGUUGACGAAACUGGAGACCAGUUGACCGCCAAGGAUUAUGCCCAACCCUACGGGGUGCCCUUCCAAACGCUCGAGGAGAAGGACAGGUUAGAGUGCGCGCUCGCCGAGAUGGCGAAAGACGUCCGCAGUACCAAUGUCUCUGCCCCGGGCUCAGUUGUGGCCGAUGGAGACUUGCAGGGGCCCGUCCUCGCCAUUGAGCGGAGUUCUGACGGACCGCUCUUGUCCCUGCAGCGUCGUCGCAGCAUCGACUGCAUCGCCUCCCUCAACCGCCGCUUCGGCGAGGCCCGGUACCCACGACGGCUGUCAUUCAGCGCGGCCGAGGACGCCAUCCUCUAUUGGGAAGACCUCAUUACCCUGACCGACACACAGCCAGGCGCCAACGACCUGGCAAGCCUGCGCUCACAAGCGGAACUGUCCUACAGCCUCUACACACGCCUCCAGCGGAUCCAAACGGGCCUCGCGCCCUGGGCGUCGGGGAAGCUCUCAGCGGUCACCGCACUCGACCAGGCCCUCGGAGCCCAGCAAACAGAACUCCAGGCCCUGCACGACGCCAUGGAGGAGGCGUACCAGCGCGCCCGGCACGGCAGCGGCGAGUUGGUGGCCGAGGAGCGCGGCCGCCUGGCCGAGGCGGUCAAGGACGUCGAGAUGCUGGCCGCCAAGCUGGAGUACGAGAUCGGCGCGCUCGUGUCGCGCGUGAACGAGGUCGAGGACGGGGUCGCGCACUUCGAGGCCCAGGUCGAGGACGUCGAGCGCCGGGCUGACGAGCUGAGGGAGGUGCUCGAGACGGAGAGCUGGGUGCACUGGUUCGUGAGGACCGCGACCGGGAUUGGGACGGGGCCGAAUAUCACGAGGGGGGUCGCCGUCCAGUCAAAUGGGGGAGGGUGA